GGUGGAGCUGGGUUUGCCCGUUCUGAAAGCAGGGGCUGGGGAUUCUCAGGACUGACACCUCUCUCUGCUUUCAGGAGUUGCCCUGUGCCUUUUAAAAGGAAGAAGGAAAAGCAAGGAGCUCAUGUGAGAGAUGAGAGCCAACAGCCCCAGCCCGACAGGAAGGCUCCGACGUACGAAGAUGUCCCGGAGCUCCCUGUCUAUGCCCCGGUGGGUAAAGGGCAGGGUGGGCAGCAGGAUGACAGCAUCCACUACGCAGACAUCCAGGUGUUCAGCGGGGCCCGGGAACGCCCUGCAGCCGAGCUGAGGAGCCUGCAGGUACAGAAUGCCACGGAAUAUGCCACCCUGCACUUCCCCCGGCCCCGCCUCAAGUACGACAGCAAGAACGGGACCCUGGUGUAA